AUGAGUGUUUUUCAGAUUUUUUUAGCCAUUUUUACUAAAAUAAUCUAAAAAAUGUCUUUAACUUGCCGUGCCUUUUUAACGCUUGACCUCUUAAUUGUUGCUUGCAGUCAUACACAUUAGCUAUAUGAGUGGGACACAUUCCUGCCAGGUUUCGUGUGUGUAUUUGAAUAUUUGGAGAGAAAGAGAGAGUGUUUUCUUCGCCCUAAAGCGAAAGAGAUCCAUCAUCAUGGUGUGUCGGAGCCGCAGUGAAGGACUGAGACACGAGCACAGCCGAACACACACUGGAGGUUAUGAGGAGGUUUUUCAGAGUUGACAGAGAUGAAGAUUACGGUCAGAUUCAAUAUCUCACUGCCAAAUGCAUCCGACUGUCUCAGGAGAAAGCGGCGCUCCAGCGUGAGCUGCUGGUGUCUCGCGAGCGUCAGCAGGCUCUGCAGGUGGAGAUGGAGGCUCUCUCAGUGCGAGUGUGUCAUAAAGAGCAGAUCUGCGUUGAGAUGAGCAUCAAAUACCAGCAGCUGAUGGAGAGAUUUCAGCAGGAGCAGGCUGUGACGGAGGACAGGUGUAAAGUCGCUUCACUCCUGAGUCUCCAGAUGGAGCAGGUGAGCGGUGACCUACAGCGGCUGCAGGGCUCAGAGACGCAGCUGAUGGGCCUGGUGGACGAGCUGCACCAGGAGGCCCAGCUCAGAGCCCAGCAAGCCGAGGUCCUGGAGACGCGGCUCCACGAGGAGACCCAGUCAAAGGCACAGCUGGUGGAAGACCUUGAGAUGCAGCUAAACAGUAAAUCCCUGGAGCUGAUAGAGCUGCACAGCACCACCCAGAGGACGCUGGAGGAACUGCGACGGGAGCAUUCGGAGAGUCUCGGGAAACUCCGGGAAACGGCCGAACAGUUCGAGUGGUUGUGCGCUCAGCAGCGCCAGUGGAUGAGCUGCGUCAAGAGGUUGAAGGACGGUCUGUCAGGUGAGAAGGAGUCCCUGGAGCUGCAGGUGAACAGGUUACAGGAGGAGUUGGAUGCUGUCAGGAGGACUGUGAACUCCGACUGUCCCUCAGAACCCAGCAGAAGAUGGGAUGUAGAGAGGAUAUCUGACCUCCAGGCUGAGGUGGAGCGGUGGAAAACACUGUAUGAAGACCUGCUCAAACUCAACAUACAGCAGGGCCAGUGGGCAGCAGACGAACACCUCAAACCCCCAUGAGGAUCCAAACACAGACGACAGCUUCACAUUAUAUGACCAGUGUUUUUUAAAGGCUGUGUUUAUCUGAUCUAAAACACAGUAAAAACAGUGAAACUAGAGGCCACUAGGGGGCGAUGUUCCUCCACACACACUCAUGCCAAACCUCAAGAACUGGGAUGGAUUUCACAUCUCUCCAAAUACCAACACAACUAGAGUCAUCAUGACAUCGACUCGUCCAGGAUCAUAAUCUCUGUCUGUCUGACAACAGUGUGUGUUUCUCAGUGAUCUAUCAAAUAAACUGCAUUGCUGAAGCCUCUCUGAGAUGAGUGAUCAACACUAAUAUCACACACACAGUCUUCAAUGCACUCUCUCUCAGCGUUUGCAUCAGAUCUUCAUAUUAAUUUCCCUUAAAGGUGCAGUAUGUAAUGUUUAGCAGCAUCUAGUGGUGAGGUUGUGAAUCGCACCCAAAAGAAGUUACAGUGGCCGACAGGAAGUGAUGUCAUCGUCUGAGACAGCAGAGAGGUUUCUUUACAAAGAUAAAUUAAGAAAUUCGGUUUACUUGAUUGUUCAGUAAAACGAUAUAUUAUUGCAAAUAUUAUUGUUACUUGUUCAGCAUUGUGUCAGUGUUUUACUCGCUGACUUUAGCAGCUUCUUUUGCGUGAAGAACAACAUAGUGAAGAAACGCGCUUGUCUGCUCAGGGCCACCGUAGACACAUGUGGAUGUAAGCGGACCGCGGUGUGUGUGUAGAGAAAUGCUCAUUCUAAGCUAAUAAACAUAUAAUGGUUCAUUACGUAAGAUCUUUAUACACCACUGCACACAUAGUUAUGUUUAUGACCCUGCUAAAUAUUACACAGUGCACCUUUAAUACUGUGUUAAAGUUGUUUAAAUGGAAGACGAAGAAAACCACAUGUAAUACCACUGUGUGCCACCAGAUGCCAGUAUAGCGGCAUUUAUAUCUAAGUUGUGCUGUGUAUUCCCUAGUUGCUUAUAAAAGUAUUUUCAGUCAUAAUUAUUAGUUUUUUUACCACUCUGAUUAAGUGACAAAUUUACAUUUUACAAAUCAGGGAUAUGCAAAUUUUAUAUAAAGAAUAAUGUGCUGUAUCGCAAAAAUGCACCUAUGUUUUUCCCUGAUAAUAAUCAUCUGCAUGUUGCCUACACUUAUAAUACCAUUAUAGAGUUUAUAUGAAUCAUUGAGUGGAAUUCACACAGUUUGUUCAUUUAUAUACCUGAUGGAAAUGAGUGUUUUCCCCUUUAAUUAUUGUGAUGUCAUCAUGAGGUAACAUGACUUCCGGUUCGGUCUCUUCUCUUCGAGAGGUAGGUUUCUUUUGACUGAUAAUCUUAUCUAAUCUUUAUUGUAAUUAUUACUUUGUCUUUAUUUUUCUCCAGUUCAUGAGUAUAAUGUUUAUUUUUACUGGCGUGCGUGAUUCUUUUUGUCAUUUGACCAUUUUUGAGUAAUAUUUUUUGCCCAAAUAUGUGUAAAUGAGAGCAUGUGGUGAAAACUGUAACGUUACAUCAUUAAUUUUUAUAGUAAACAAGCGCGAUUCACUCUCAGAGGCUGCUUAUUUUUGUCUUGUAUCAGGGUUACACUAAUUUAUCUAUUUUAUUCACAUCAUUGUGUCACUUUCAUGCGUUUAGCAGAGCUCUCUGAGUGUGUAUAGAUGUGAAUAGAGUUCAGAACUCUACAGGUUUGUGAGACGCAGGGAGUCUAGCUUCAUUACUGGGAAUAACAGACGUGUCUUCAAGACUGAUUUCCCUGGUGAUGUCAGGGAUUUUCAAAGUCUCUUGUGUUUAGGGAACAAGGCCUUUUGUAUAUGUUUCAAAAAUAUUAUUAUGCAGAGCUGCUUUCACAUGCUUUUAUCAAUAUUAAAGCUGCCAUGUCAAA